AUGCAGAAAUCUCGGCCCCUCAGCUCUUUCAAGAGCAUCUUCCCCCCCAUCCACGCCCCGAUGCCGCUCGACCAACGCGGGUCACAACGACUCCUCGAGACGAUGAAGACUUCAUUCCGCGCCGAACUCGAUAAGGAGCACGGCUCGUCCAAGGCAGACCCCGGCCCAACCUCGAAACCGGCCAUGCCGGGGGCUACCGACCAGCACUUACGCAGCAUCCUCCACAACCCGCUCUUCAGCGUCAGCGACAUGGUGCAGGCCCCCGACAGCCAUCUUCAAAAAGUAGAGAAGCAGAAGGCCAUUUUUCAAAUGGCCGUCUCCAGGGGACUCAUGGACCUGCCAAGAGCGCAUGGGUUUUUGUUACGCGUUCGGUCAAUCGCUGGUGAAGGGCUGCCGGACAGUGUUUACUCGUCCGGCGCCGGUCGGCUGGUCUUUGAGUGGCUGAGGUCCUCGGGCAUGGAAAACGAUCUUUCGUUUCUGUCUAACGGGAAUGGUCAAUUUCGGAGGUUACUCAUGCGCUUCAUGCUCGGGGAUGGGCUAGACAAUGUGGUGUGGACCUGGUACGAUCGGCUGCUCGAGGCUCGCGAAGGCGCGGUACCCCCGCAGCUCAUCAGAUUGCUGAUGGGGGACUUCGUCAAUUCCAAGUUCUCGACCCAAGAAUUGGGACCGGCUUAUUCGACACUGAUCCAAGCAGAAUCGACCGCUCGGGAAAGGAACGCAAACAUUCGCAGCGUGCUCCGCUUCGCAUGGCGUGUAUUAGCAUUCCACACCACCGUCACGCCUCGAGGCAAAUUGAAACCACCUGCAGACCUCUUUGACCGCUUUGUGUCCAUGGAACCCGAGCUCAUGCCGCGAAAGGUGGAACGCGCGCACGUCAACCUGUUCCAUCCCGUCGAACCUUCCUCCGGCCUCGCAGAGGAGAUGCUCCUGAACAACAGCUUUUGGAAUCACCGCAAAUACUCCCACACCAAUGUUGCCGCCGCAGGGGUACGCGAUUCCCCCGUUUUAGACACAUCUACAGCAGCGGACACAGUCAUUGAGCCCCUCCUCCUCCCAGGGACGCUCACCGGCCGCUUCCACCAUACAAUUUACCCUUACCUCAACCGACCCGCCAACACAUCAAUUUACCGUCUCGUGGUCCUCGGGAUCGAUACGGUGCAGCACCUGAUCCGGACCAAUCGAGAACCACAAGCCAUGCGGGUAUGGGACCGCAUCGUCACAGAGCUCCGGUUACCUUUCACAUAUGAGCAGGUGGCUGGGAUGACGCAAGUUGCGCGGUGA